AUGGCAUCCACAAAGGAGAAACUGAUUACUGAGGUUAUGAAGGGGGAGCCUGUUCACUGCAGGAACAAAGUGACAGUGGUUGGUGUUGGAAUGGUGGGCAUGGCUUCUGCUAUCAGCAUCCUGCUCAAGGAUUUGGCUGAUGAGUUGGCCCUGGUUGAUGUGAUGGAGGACAAGCUGAAGGGUGAGGCUAUGGACCUGCAGCACGGCAGUCUCUUCCUGCAUACGCACAAGAUCGUGGCUGACAAGGACUACAGCGUCACAGCCAAUUCAAGGGUUGUGGUGGUGACUGCUGGAGCCCGUCAGCAGGAAGGUGAGAGCCGCCUUAACCUGGUGCAGAGAAAUGUCAACAUCUUCAAAUUCAUCAUCCCCAACAUUGUCAAGUACAGCCCUGACUGCAUCAUGCUGGUUGUCUCCAAUCCAGUCGAUAUCCUGACCUACGUGGCAUGGAAGCUGAGCGGCCUGCCCAGGCACCGUGUCAUUGGCAGCGGCACCAAUCUGGACUCAGCCCGUUUCCGUCACUUUAUGGCGGAAAGGCUUAAGAUCCAUUCCUCCAGCUGCCAUGCCUGGGUGGUUGGAGAGCAUGGUGACUCUAGUGUGCCUGUAUGGAGCGGUGUGAACGUAGCUGGAGUCUCCCUCAAGUCUCUUCACCCUGAAAUGGGCACAGACAAGGAUAAGGAAGACUGGAAGAGCGUUCACAAGAUGGUGGUUGACAGUGCUUAUGAAGUCAUUAAACUGAAGGGCUACACCUCCUGGGCCAUUGGUAUGUCUGUGGCUGACUUGGUGGCGAGCAUCCUUAAGAAUAUGCACAAGGUGCACCCAGUGUCCACCUUGGUCCAGGGUAUGCAUGGUAUUAAGGACGAGGUUUUCCUGAGCUUGCCCUGUGUCCUUGGCAACAGCGGCCUGACGCAUGUGAUACACAUGACCCUUCAGCCAGAUGAGGAGAAACAACUGGUCAAGAGUGCCGAGACACUGUGGGGUGUUCAGAAGGAGCUGGCACUGUGAAACGGAAUCCCCUCCAAAAUGUAACCAAUUAGCUGUACUCAACAAUACCUUAAAACUUCUAAUUGGUGUCUUCAAGCAGACCUCCGAACCGUAGACCUUAAAACCCCCUCGCUAUUAGCAACAAUAGCUAAUGCUUAAAGGUUGUUGUUAUUUUUGUCGUCUUCAGAAAGAUUAUAAUGCAAUGGUAAACAGAUUGUCUGUGUGCGUAUGUUGUUGUUGUUGUUGCUGCUUCUCGUCUUCCUCAAUGCUGCAAAGAGUGUUUAAAAACGAAAAAACACAUCUAGCAUGAGCGUGACAGUUUCCAGUUUGGGUCUCUGUUUGGUGGAAGUUUGUUCCAAGCUCAGCAGCCAUUCCGAACCAUUUCGUUCCCAUGGCAGGAACAGUCUACCUGUGUUACAGCUUCUCAUCUCAUCAGUGUAAAACCUACUUCCUGUGGAAACAGAACUUCUUUACUUGAUAUCAGAAACCACUACUAAAUACCAAAUAUGGACAUAAAUAGAUUGUUCAUUUGCCAAGGAAGGAUUUUGGCCCGCUCAUAAAGAAAGGAGAUAUGUAACAAAUUACUUAACAAAGAACCAAACGGAACUUUGUUUUAGCUCAUAAAUGUAAUUCGGCACUGAGAAAUUUCGUUUAGAACAUAAAUGGUUCGUUUCUUGUGCACCUUAUCUGUCUGCUGGAAAGUUGUUUUUUUGUACUUCUACCUUUUGUGAAACUAGUUUCUGCAAAACAAAGAAACUCCGUUCCAUAGGAACACAAUGUUUACAUGGAACAGAACCUCGCUCCAAUACCAAAUAAACUCCGUGGA